AUGUCGGCAGCGGGCUUUUCCCCCUCAUACUGCACGCCAAUUCCCACCUCGGGUGCAUGUGUUGCUGGGACCUAUUAUGAAGGCUCCUACACCUUUACCGUGUCCUGUGACGCCCUGCCGGUGUUUUAUUCCCCCUGGUCAGUUACGGAGAUGAGUUCUGGAAAUGCCUGGGACUGUGCUAUCGCCUGUGCCGAAGAUGAUACCUGCGAGGCCUCCUUCAUGCAAACCCAAACGUGGGGCUCAUACUGUUAUUUUGCCCUAGGUGGGGAGAUUGAAAAUUAUGCAGGAGACGAGUUGUAUUUGACGCGUGGGGAUUAUAUUGGGACAGAAUGUGACCCAGUUUCAUCCAGCGUGUCUUCUACCUCGACCCCUGUUGUUACUCCAUCUAGUAUAGUAGUGAAGGCUUCUAGCUCAGCCCCUGUGGUCACUCCAUCCAGUACGGCAGUGAAGGCUUCUAGCUCACUCGUCCUUGUCGGUUCAAGCUCAAGCUCCGUCAUUCCUUCUUUGACUGCGUCUUCUAGCGCAACAACUACCACCGCAGCCUCAUACUGCACAGCACUACCUACCUCGGGCUCAUGCGUGGCCGGCACCUUCUUUGAUGGAACCUAUACCUAUACUGUGGCAUGCAACUCCGGGGCGAGCUUCGCUUCUCCUUAUACCGCUGUCACGAUUACUUCUGGAAAUGACUGGGACUGCGCCAUUGCCUGUACUGAAACCAGUGGCUGCACAGCAUCCUAUCUUUAUGGUGAAAACUGUUACAUGUCUCUGGGUGGAAAUGUUUAUACCGAUGGCUUUGACUGGGAAGACACAAUGGUUUUGCAAAUUGGUGACUACAUUGGAACCACUUGUGAAACAGUGUCGUCUACCGUGACUUCUUCUACCCCAACUGUUACUCCGUCUAGCUCACACAUAUUGACGGUGACUCCGAGCUCCUCGCCUAUCGCCGUUAUAACCUCUACUCCAAUUUCUUCUAUUAGAAAGCAUCGUUCCUCGUCUGUUCCAAUCCCAGUCAGUGCUUCUGCUCCAGCCGGACCACUCAGGUCAUCCAUUGCGCAUUCUUCAAGCGCGAUCAAAUCGCUAUCUGUCGCUCCAUCUUCAUUGAUCCGCGCUAGCUCAACUCCAUAUUCUCGGCCUGUCGUCAGUUCAUCUGGACUUGCCCCUCAUGUCCAGCCGACCAUCACUUCCUCCGGCUCUCCUGCCAAGCCCACCCCACCAAGUGGUUUACUCGGCCAAUCCACGACUUCUACUAUCUUGAGUACUCGUACCGCAACCAUCACUGCCUGCCCGUCUUCAGUCACCGACUGUCCAGCAUCAUCCAAGACCACUUUCUUAACAACUGAGACUCUUGUUGUAUCCACAACUAUUUGCCCCCUUACUGAGACCACUGUAACACCGGAUACACCGCAAAACACUGGUGCUGCUGCUACAUCUUUGGGUGCCGGAUCCGCCGACGAGUUCACGACAUCAACAAUUCUGACUACUCGAACGGCCACCGUCACUGUCUGCCCGUCUUCGGUCACUGACUGCCCCGCCUCGUCGAAGACCACGUUCCUGACAACAGAAACUCUGGUUGCAUCGACUACCAUCUGCCCUGUGACGGAAAAAGCUAGCUCCUCUCAACCUAGCAUCACCACCACUUCCCUGGCCGGUGAAGGUGUCAGCGGCGAGAACAGCGGCACGGGUUACACUACGUCGACCAUUCUCAGCACACGCACUGCUACUAAUACAGCAUGCCCGUCUGCUAAACCAAACUGCAACGCAUCGGAGCUCACUACAUCCGUUACAGUUGAAACCCUCGUUGUGUCGACCACCGUCUGUCCAGUGACCGCGACAGGGGCAGCAUCUGCCUCUACCGCAACUACCAGUGCCGGAGCCGGUGUUGGAGCCGACACAACAGCCCUAGUUGGAGCUAGUGCUGCAUCCGAGAUGACUUCUGCCGCCGCUGCUACAGAGACCCUAUCAACCAAAACUGACGUUUACGUGCCUUCAGGCUCUAAUGGAGAGACAGCACCGACGAACACUGCUGUGAUCACUGGAACUGGCCCGAAUAUGGGUCAUGGAAGUGGCAACAGUAAGGGACGUCCAUUGAAUAACUCCAGCAUGAGCCUUGUCAAAUCUGCAUCUUCUUCUGGUGUGGCAGCUGCUUCUCAGAGCGCUCAGACUUCCAGCAGCACGACUGAAGGUGCAGGAGCUGUGUACACUGGUGCCGCUUCUUCCCAGUCAGGCUCUCUGCGCUGGGUUAUGGGCUCCUUUGCCGCUCUUUUGGCACCACUUCUUCUGUAA